AUGUUUUAUUUACUUUUUCUUGUAGACGGUUAUCCUGUGUUAUUAACGCCAUUAUUGAAAAACGUGAAUGAUAGUGCGAAGCAGAACUUAGCAACAGAAUUCGUUGAAGACGAAGAUCUGACUAAAAUAAUUGAUCAGUUCGUUUCUGAAGCAGCUAAUUGCAAUAAUAGCGGAUCAAAUGGUGCAUCUGAUAACAUUGAGCAAUCUACUGAAAAUUCUGUUGAUUCUUCAGUUGAUCCAUUAGUUAGAAACGAACAAUGUUCAGCAAUGGCAUCAAAUAAUCCAGUUACAAUGAUCACACUUGAUGUUCAUUGGCCAAUAUUCUUGAUGAAUCCAAUUCUGAAUGUAUUUCGUAUCCGCAGUAAAAACGAAUUAAUUCGCGAACAAGCCAGAGGGAUCCCGAAACUCAAAGACUGCGUAGGCAAUUCACAACUAAAUUUCACGCCAGUUUCAGCAUUCGAAAAUGCUCAAGUGGAAUGUACAAUAUUAUCCAAAAGUCCUGACGAGAAAUGGUAUUUUCCUCCUUAUGCAUUUGUUCUUAGUACUGAUACGGCUUUGCAUGUACUUUGUACAGGUCGUGUUUCUUUUUAUAGUAUAAUCUUCAACAUUACCAGACGUACCAUCGAAGAUUGGGAAACAGAUUUCGUGUUACAUCAGGCUCUAUCAGUUUCAUCUUCUAAUAGUUCAACGCUUCGGGCGGCAACAAUUGAUCAUGCCAGUAUGAAUAGUUUUCGUAUACAGUUACAAUUAUGUGAUUGCUCAAACGAUGGUUUCGUACCAUAUCGUAGAUCAAUUGUAGUAUCUGCUCCAGAGAUUGAUGACUUUACUUCUUCUAAAGAAGAUAGUGCUCCUUCAUCGCCGAAAAAUGACAGUUUAACAGAUGACAGUGUGGGUCAAUCAUCAACACAUGAAAAACGAUCAUUAGAGAAGGAACCUCAUGAACGGACGGGUUCACCGUUACUGAAAAGUCAAAAAUCUUAA